AUGCAAUUCAUUCGACGAAAGAGCAAGCGGGCUUUUCCCUGUCUUGACCCCGAUCGUCGUCGUCGUAGAAGAGAAUCCAGACGCCAGGGCCGCAACGGCAAUCAGAACCAGGUUUAUACCGGACGACAAGAUACUGAACUUACCACUCAACAUCCAUUGCCUCAACCUGAGCCUGCUAAUCAAGGACCCAGCAUAGAUACCCCCCAGCCUACUAAAGAUGAUCCUGCCGUUCAGCAGCCAUUGCUUCAACCUGAUAUUUCUGACCAAGAACUGAACACAACUAUCCCACAUCAUGCUAUAGGGGGUGAUGUUCCUUUCGUUGACCCAGAGGUUCUACCUGAAGCUCCGGUAACUCCUCCCCAAGAACUAGCUUCUGAAGCAACCUCCGAAUUCGAAUCACUGGCUUCGACUACUCGGGGCAUUAGACGCGGUGUAUCGAACAUGAACAUGACUGGACCUAUUAAUUACGGAUGGACCUCCAGGCGGGGACUCAACGCAGAGAUCCCACAGCUUUCUGGAACCGAGGAUUUCCCUGUAAUUCACCCGGAUAUUCUACCUGGAACCCCGGAAACUUCUCCCCCAGAGGCAGCUCCUAUGACUUCAUCACAGAGACAUCCCAGACGCCGGCCUACACGCCUUACUCAAGAGCGAUCAAACACAGCCCGUCCAAAGAAGGAAUCUAGAUCCCCUAUUCGCAAGCAACGUGCACGUCGCAGCUCUCUGACUUCAUCGCAAAUAGAAAAUGCCAUAUCUGCUCGGCCUGAGUAUGGGCGGAAGAUCUCACGACCUAUUGAACGUUUUGAAGUUGUAAAUCCUUGUACAGAUCCUGAGCUUGACCCUGUUGCGAAACAAUCUGCACUUACUGCCCCCUCUGCGCAUACUGCGAUUGCUGACCGUUCUAGCUCAAAUGAGUCUUCUAGUAACUCUUCAAGCGAGCUCCAUUCUAGUGAAGAGCGUGAACACCGCAGUCGCUCUCGACAUGACUCCAGUAGAUUUACCGAGGAAUGGAUCAAUAACUUGUUGGAAAAGCCGACACUGCCAUCCAGCCUUCAGCGCGGACGAGGCGCUCAUCCUGCAAGAAGAUCACACAGCUCUAGCCCAAAUGGAAGUCCCGGAUCUCCCCACCGUGGUCGCCGUCAAGGCCGAAGGCCUAGCACAAGCAGAUCACCCGCCCCCAACGUCCUUGAAACAUCUGGAUCUCCCAUUCACAAACGGCAAGGACGCCGUUGCCCGGUACCUAAGCCAUUAAGCACCGUAGAAGAAGCACAAUCACCAGCCAGAUCACCUCGACGAAGCUACCGAGGACUUCGCGGAACUCCCAAUCUCCCAGGAUUCACAUUCGGAGGCCCUGGAGCUUUGGGAAACCUGCACCCAAGACGUCAGGGCCCAAGCUCAGAAGACAAUGCUGCUCAAUCUGCCAAAUACCGCCAGAAGGGAGCUAACUACUCACAAUGGAUAGAUAAGGCAAAUGAUGCGGACUGCAAAGCCCCAUGUAAGGUCAAGAAAUCCGACGUUUCAUGGAACGAUCUCGUGAACCCAUCUUCUUCAAUAGAGCGAUGGGUGACAAAGAGCGCAAGAAGGGGAGGUGCCCACCUGUGCGUGAGGAGCAAGCCCGAGGUUCGACCUGCCGGUCUCCCAAUGGGCGACCAGGACUAUCUCUCAGAAAGCAUAUCCUGUCGGAACACUGAAGGGAUCAAUAUGCAUAUGCACUCGAUGGGCCCGGGCGUUAUUUUCACCGAAAUGGCCCACCGCGAUCCAGAGAGUGACACGCACCAUUGGUCUGAGAUUGCGUUGGCUCAGUACCGCCGUGGAUAUGAUAUCGAUACUCUGAGACAUAUAUAUAUUUGCAACUGCGUGAACAGCCAGACAUUGAAUCAUAUCCUGGAGGUGAUUUAUCCUCGUCUUGGUCGUUCGCGGCAGAGUGAGGAUGUUAUCACUUUAGACUACGGUACUGAUGAGUAUAACGAGAUCAUGGGUGUUACCUGGGGGAGUGCUGUUGGGGCACUUGUGCUUGGAGCUUGGGAUCGAGGCACGCGUCGUAUUACCCGGAUUCUUAUUUGGCAAGUUUGUGGGCUUUUCUAUAUGAGGUUUGAUAUUGAGGUUUUGAGGCCUCACUCUAGGUAUCAUCUGCGGACUCGUCCUAACGCGCCUCGCGGUUAUUCCCACUCUAGGGUUCAUUCGCGGAUUCGUUCUCCCAAGCCUCACAGGAAGUCCUUGUAG